CAGAGGGCAGUGGACUCACAGGCAAGAAUUUGAGUCCUUGCUCUUGAGAACAAGGUCACAGCCCACAAAGGGGAGGAGCAGGCAGCCAAUCAGAGAACGCAGUGACGUACAAUGAUGUACUGGUGAGCUUUACUCAGGAAGAAUGGGCUUUGCUGGAUCCUUCCCAGAAGAGUCUCUACAAAGAUGUGAUGCUCGAAACCUAUAGGAACCUCACUGCCAUAGGCUAUAACUGGGAAGAAGAUAAUAUUGAAGAAGAUUGUGAAAAUUCUGGAAGACCCACUAGGCAUCUUCAAAGGGAUGGACCAAGUAAUACUGGAGAGAAACCCUUUGAAUGUAUUCAAUAUGAUGGAGCCUUUGCAAGAAACCAUCAUCAUCAGUUAUAUAAGAGCACUGGAUCUUUCAUGUCUUAUACUGAUCAUCAAAUACAUGGAAGAGAACACACUGAAGAAAAAGUCUAUGAUGGUAACCAAUGUGGUAAAACCUUUUCAUGUCACACCCAUUUUGAAAUCCGUAAAGGAACAUAUACUGGAGAAAAACCCUAUGAAUGUAAUCAAUGUGGGAAAACCUUUGCAGGUCACAGCAAUCUUCAAAUCCAUAAAAGAACACAUACUGGAGAGAAACCCUAUGAAUGUAAACAAUGUGGCAAAGCCUUUGCAUGUCACAGUACUCUUCGAAAUCAUAAAAGAACACAUACUGGAGAGAAACCCUAUGAAUGUAUCCAGUGUGGCAAAACCUUUGCACAAUUUGGUCAUCUUCAAUGUCAUGAAAUAACACAUAAUGCAGAGAAACCCUAUGAAUGUAAACAAUGUGGCAAAGCAUAUACACGACACAGCAAUCUUCAAAGACAUAAAAGAACACAUACUGGAGAGAAACUCUAUGAAUGUAAACAAUGUGGUAAAGCCUUUACAUGUCACAAAUAUCUUCAAAUCCAUGAAAGGAGCCAUACUGGAGAGAAACCCUAUGAAUGUAAACAAUGUGGCAAAGCCUUUACAUGUCACAGUACUCUUCAAGUCCAUAAAAGAACACAUACUGGAGAGAAACCCUAUCAGUGUAAUCAAUGUGACAAAGCCUUUGCCUGUCACAGAUAUCUUCAAAUCCAUAGAAGAACGCAUACUGGAGAGAAACCCUAUGAAUGUAAUCAAUGUGGCAAAGCCUUUGCAUGUCACAGUACACUUCGAAAGCAUAAAAUAACACAUACUGGAGAGAAACCCUAUGAAUGUAACCAAUGUGGCAAAGCCUUUGCACAAUUUGCUCAUCUUCAAUGUCAUGAAAUAACACAUACUGAAGAGAAACCCUAUGAAUGUAAACAAUGUGGCAAAGCCUUUGCAGGACACAGCUAUCUUCAAAUCCAUAAAAGAACACAUAGUGGAGAAAAACCGUAUGAAUGUAAUCAAUGUGGCAAAGCCUUUGAAGGUCACAGUACUCUUCGAAAUCAUAAAAGAAUACAUACUGGAGAAAAACCCUAUGAAUGUAACCAGUGUGGCAAAACCUUUACACAAGUGUGUAAUCUUCAAUGUCAUCAAAGAAUACAUACUGGAGAGAAACCCUAUGAAUGUAAACAAUGUGGCAAAGCCUUUGCAUGUCACAGCUAUCUUCAAAUCCAUAAAAGAACCCAUACUGGAGAGAAACCCUAUGAAUGUAAACAAUGUGGCAAAGCCUUUGCAUUUCACAGUACUCUUCAAGUCCAUAAAAGAACACAUACCGGAGAGAAACCCUAUGAAUGUAACCAAUGUGGCAAAGCCUUUGUAUGUCACAGCUAUCUUCAAAUCCAUAAAAGAACCCAUACUGGAGAGAAACCCUGUGUAUGUAAACAAUGUGGCAAAGCAUUUGCAUGUCACAGUACUCUACGAAAUCAUAAAAGAACACAUACUGGAGAGAAACCCUAUGAAUGUAACCAGUGUGGUAAAACCUUUGCACGACACAGUCAGCUUCAAACACAUAAAAGAAUACAUAUUGAAGAGAAACCCUGAUAAUGCAGUGAAUGUGGUAAAGUUGUUGUUAUAGUGGUCUGAAAAGGACUUUGAAGAACAAAUUCUUGUGAGAACUAUGUAAAUGUAAUCAAUCUAAUAAAGCCAUUUGUUAACAGUCACCUUCUAAGGGAUGCAACAUAGUUUAUGGGAAUAUAGUGGGUGGGUGUGUCUGAUUCUUUUGCCUACUCUCAAGAUGGUUCUUGUCUUAAUUAUUUGCUUUGCUAGGUUUGAUAUGAGGGUUUGUGCCUAUUUUUAUUAAAAUAUGGUAUGCCUUGUUCAUUUGAUA